GCCUCUCAGUCACCACCCAGACGCCCCCAGCACCUCCUCGCCGUCCUUUGAAUCCUAAUAGAAGUGCAUAAGAAGGAUUUCAUCGUGUUUAGUGCAGGUUCAAAUAGAAGCGUGCAUAGUGUUGAAGGAAAGUACGCCACAAGACGCUGGUCUAACUUAUAAAGGAGGGAAAUAAAAGGAAAAAGGAAAAAAAAAGUGACACACGGCAACAUGGGUCGCCACCGGGGACACAAGGAGGAGGAGGAGAACGACUGCUGGGAUGUGAUGGCCAUGCUGGGAAUGCCGUUCCUCUACAUCAUUGGCAUCGUGUGCGGCAUCGUGGGCGCCAUCUGCCAGGGCGUCAUCACGGAGUACUGGGCCAACUCAGAGCUGUCCUCCUGCUACCUCUACUCCAAGACCGCCUCUUCAGUCGUCGUGUACCAGUUCGGAACUUCACUCUCUGUCUGCAACUGGAUAACGUACGGAGCUGUGGUGUCCAUCAUCAUAGCCUUCCUCGCCGGCUUCGUCUACACGAUCAAGGUUAGAAAUACCAAGGACCUGACCUACGCUUCGGCCUUCUCCUUGACUGGCAUCAUCAUAGCCAUGCUGCUGAUGCUGGCGGUGACCUGCACGAUGGCUGAGGGUUUGAGGCUCACCUGCAGUGCUAUGGGUCUCAAUUCAGCAAACAACAAGGGCGGCUCCUGUUACAGCAACCUGGAUAAGAGGAUGACAGGCGAGUACCUGCCUGUACAGACGUCUACCUUGGUGCGCUCCUCCCUCAUCACCCUCAGCUGCGCUUGCGUCGCCUUCUUCACCAUCUCCUGCUUCCACCUGUCUGACUUCUACCGUCGCACCCUCAGGUAUCGCUACUCGGGCGUCGCCUACGAUGAAAGGGCGUGAACUGCUGACAGAGGACGGUAGCUGAGUCUUCCCUCUUGACUUGAUGCGUUUUCUGUAGCUUUGUGUGUUUUUAUCGAUAAAUUUUAGUGUUUUCUAGUAUUUUUUUAAAUUUUGGUUUUAGUUUUCUGGUCUGGAGUGCGGUGUUUUGUUUAUACGAUUUUUUAUUAUUCCUAUUUCUCGUCUCGUGGAGUUUUCUUUUUCUUUUACUUUUCGUACUGUUCCAUAUUUUAUUAUCUUUUCUUUUCUUUUGUGUUGGUUAUUGAAUUCCAUCACGCAUUUGUUCUCUGCACCCUUACUUCUCUUUAGUGUCUUGUACUGAUUAGAGUACUUUUUUAUAUACGUACAACAAUGCAAAGCUAUUAUUUCGCUUUCUUAUCAGUAUUAAGUUGAGCUCGUGUAGCUUAUGUACUUUAUAUCCUGUUCAGUACAUCUACAACACAGUAAUUUAGUAGAGUAGAGGAGACUGUCUGUGGUGAUGUGUGUGUCCUUGAGAAACUCGUGAGACGUCCAGUAAAGAUUAAGGUGAUGAAAUUUCAGACAGAUUGUGUUCAGAGAGAAAGAGGGGGGGAGAUACAACAGAAGGUGCCGCUGAAGGAGUGGGUGAAGGUCCUAAGUGCUUUAGUUUCUCGAAGCAGUAUUCAGAAGUAGGAUAUGGAAGGCACGGGGGGGAAGAGGAAAGGAAGAGUGACAAGAAGAAAAGACAAUGAAUAUUAGAAGAAGGAAGAGAAUAAGGAGAAGGACGAGAAGGAAGCGCUGAUUUUGAAUGUUCCGCAAAAAAAAAAAAAAAAAUGGAAAGAUAAGGAAAAGAUGAAGGAAGAGGAAAAAAGAUGAAGAGAAUGAUUUUACUUUCAAUGUUUCAUGAAAAAAAAUAAAAUCGUGUCAUUUUCUCUUAGAUUGAAAUAGAGGCGUACUGAUGAAUGUAAAAAAAAAAUGUCCCAACUGGAGCCCCAAGAAAGUGGUGAGAUAAGGCUGGCGAUCACUAACGUCGCCUUUGAUUCUGUAAUCUUUUCAUGACCUCGCUCUGAAAGGAUGAAUGUUGCCAGAUAAGGUGUAGUUUACUCUCUCUCUCUCUCUCUCUCUCUCUCUCUCUCUCUCUCUCUCUCUCUCUCUCUCUCUCUCUCUCUCUCUCUCUCUCUCUCUCUUUCCAUGUGUUUUAAUGACGAAUCCGUAACUUUCUGAUGAUAGUGAUGAUGAUGAUGAUGUAUAUUUCAAGUGAUUUGUUUGUGGUUAUAUUCAUGUUCAUAAGAUUACGUCAGCACUAAUAGUCUUAAAAGAUUGUUAGAGCAAUGAUUUUAGGAACGUAAUGAUUUGCGUUCUAAUUUAACGUUGUCUUGAGGUUCCCGUGUUUCGUUUCGUUCACCACGUAUAGCGAGUGUUACGUCAGCGUUUAGUAAUAAAAUAUGUCCGAAUAAUUUAGGGAAGGCAGUUAGAUAAUGCAUGAAAUAAAAUUAAGGUCAUUAUUUUAUAUAGUUCAUGUAUUUUUGGUAGCUCCAUUUAUGAAACAGUGAAGCAAUAAAUGAGAGGCCGUUAGGGUUCAUAUGAAGCUUCGAACCAUGCAGACGGUGAGUCGAGGCUUCAUGAGUCAGUAAAGAGAGACAGCAAGAGGAUCACAGGAGAGAGGGAGAGUUGUGUGUUUUUUUCAUGUGAUUUGUGCUUUGUUUCGAGUCCACCGAAGAAUUUGAAGGUGUGUGGAGGCCUACGUAUAUUUGAUUAGGCCUAACAAGUCUCCUCCAGGUAAGUGAUGCUUGCUGAUUCUGUGUGUUUAGACCUUGAAAUUUUCGGUUUGCACAAAUUCUUAGGCCACAAGGGUUUUAAGGCUCCCUGUAUGCGACACUUUAUAAGUUUAGUUAAUUAUAUUUUGUAUCUAUUGUUUACUAUAAAAUGUACAAAGGUAA